GUGAACGCGCAUGUCGCGGCGGCCCGCUGGGCUACGCACUUGCUGGCGAUGCGCAAGCAGCUGAGCAUGGACGUGGCGAUGCUCAACACGACGUGCGAGCGCAACCCUGGCGAGGGCAGCCGCAACCAGGCCUUCUUGGCGCACCUGCAGCAGCGCCUGCGCAAACUGUUCCACAAAAUCGUCCGCACCAUCUGCGAGGCCCAGAAGCUUUGCUUCCGCAUCUCGCAUGCGACACACGUCCUCGGCCAGUUCGGAGCGCCUGCGAGGCAGCUCUUCGGCGCAGGAGCGACCAUUGUGGAGCGCGGCGACAUCGACGACGCACUGGGGAAGAUCGCCCAGGAAGGCCAGGCGAGGCAGAAGCGAACCCAGGGCAAGGUGCAUGCGGCCUGGCAGAAGUGGGCCCAGGACGCUUUCCUCAAUGUGGCGGGGCUUGCUCACCGCACCUGUAAG